AUGCCGGAUCCCGCAAAAGACGCGACGGGCGGCAAGUCCCCGCCAUUACUCAAGCUGCCGGAGGACAAGCGCACUUCAGAUCGCCAGGCCUCACCGGUGCGUUUGUCUGCUGAACUCACCUUAAAGGUGAGGACACAGAUGAACCGCAUCGCGACAGUGCGAAAAAUCGGCGAGACCUUACCAUCGUCUGUAGAGGACACGUCUGUGGAUGAGAUUCUACAGAUCUCAAUUCAGCUCGAGGAGGUGCACAAGGCGUUCCUUAAGGAACACGCCUACUUCGAGGUCUCAUGGCCGGCGGCGCUCGUCGACCAUGAAUAUUUCUCCAACGACGCCUUCGCCGUGGAGGCGGAGGAGUGUAUGACGGCUCGUCGCGCUCUGGCAAAGCUCAAGGGCGCAUUGGCGGAAAAGAUCGCUCCAACGACAGCUCCUGUAGCGGCGCAGCCCUCACAAUCUCAGCAGAGAUUGCCGGAUAUUAGCAUCCCGUCCUUCAAGGGCGUGUACGAGGCAUGGCCUACGUAUCGCGAUCUCUUCAAGGCGGUUAUUUAUGACAGCCAACGGCUCACCGACGUGGAGAAACUCCACUAUUUGCGGCUCUCACUAGAAGGCACGCCUGCUCAGCUCAUUUCCGGAUUGCCUCUCACCGCCGACUCGCUCAAACCAUCCUGGGAGAUGCUCGUCGAUCGCUACGAGAACAAACGUCUGCUCAUCCAAUCAUAUCUGGACCAGCUCUUCGCCAGCUCAACACCGGUGCAGAAAAACGCCGCGGCACUGGACAAGCUGCUCAACACCUUCAAGGAGGGCAUCAAGGGCCUCCAAUCCUUGGGCGUAUCACAGGAUCUGGGCGACUGCGUACUGGUGUACCAGCUGUCUAGGCAAUUGGAUCGCCAGACUAAGGAGCAGUGGGAGACGUCGUUGGGCGCCGCGCGCGAGUACCCGCGGUUCGAGAAACUCGAGCAAUUUCUCACCUCGCGAGCACGAGCACUCGAGAGAAUCGAGUCGACGACCAGCUCAGGAAGCUCGGCAGGGGCUGCUUCGACCGCGCGACGCUCCUCGACGGCUCAUCUUGCGGCAGCUCAACCGGCACGCACCAACACCUCAGCCGGCUCAACAGAGUACCCGUGCGACUGCUGUUCUGAACUUACGUUUGUCUCAGAAUCGCUCAUCCGUCAGCUCAACAUUCCUCGUCAUCAUUCUGUCAUUCUCAUCACCGGAAUUGGUGGCGGAAAGGCUACGCAGACUCGAGGAGUUGCACUCCUCAAGCUCCGCUCACUUCGCUCACGAUCAGACGUCAUCAUUCAAGCUCACAUUUUACAGACGUUAACCAACAUUCUGCCAUCAUUCAACGCUGCACCACAGGAAUGGCCGCAUCUCACCAAGUUAACCUUGGCUGACCCCGAUUUUCUGACACCGCGGCCAGUGGAUAUUAUCAUUGGAGCUGACUCAUAUGGGCAAAUCAUCAAGCCCAACAUCAUCAAGCAAGACACAUUGAUGCCAAUUGCGCAGCUCUCAAUUUUCGGAUGGCUCGUUCUCGGACCUGUCGACACAUCAUCAUCAGCAUCUGCUGCAGUGCAUCAUGCAUCGAUUCAGGAAAGGGAAGAUGCUCUCUACGAGUUAUUGUCGAGAUUUUGGACACAGGAAGAAGUGCCUGCGAGCAACAAUCCUGAGCUUACUCCUGACGAGCAAAGAUGUGAAGAACAUUUCCAGAGCACUGUAUCACGGGAUUCAACAGGUCGAUACACAGUCCGACUCCCAUUAAUAUCAUCACCUGAUACUCUUGGCAAUUCGUAUCUCACUGCGCAUCGAUGUCUGCAAAGUUUACAAAGGAGAUUCUCCCGAGAUGACAAUUAUCGACGUCUGUAUCAUCAAUUUAUGACAGAAUAUCGAGAUCUCAACCACAUGAAGAAAGCUUCACCCGUUUCCAGUCAGCAACCGCAAUAUUAUUUGCCACAUCACGGAGUGCUCAAACCAGACAGUGCAACCACGAAAUUACGAGUGGUAUUCAAUGGCUCGAGCGCAUCCACAUCUGGCCGCUCACUGAAUGAUAUCAUGCACACGGGAGCCAAGUUGCAUUUAGACGUCACCGACGUCUUGCUCUGGAUUCGACAAUUUCGACACCUAGUUGCCACGGACAUCACCAAGAUGUACAGACAGAUCAACGUGCAUGAAGAUGACUGGAACUUACAACGGAUUCUCUGGCUCGACGAACUGCUCAAUGAAGUGGCCUAUUAUCUAACCACGGUCACGUAUGGAACCAAGGCUGCCCCGUUCUUGGCAGUCCGAACGCUGCUGCAACUGGUGGAGGACGAAGGCCAUAAUUUUCCGCUUGCAGUGCCGUCCAUCCUUCAAGGUCGAUACGUCGACGACAUUUUUGGAGGCGCUGAUACUGUUCAACAGUUAAUCAAGAUUGCAUUGCAGCUGAAGAACUUGUGCAGGGCGGGCGGCUUUCCAUUGGCCAAGUGGCACGCGACUCAUCCAGACGUGCUCACUGCUGUUCAAGCAGAGAAAGACCAGGGCUCACAAAUUACAUUCGACGAUUGCGCAACCAAGAUACUCGGAUUACGAUGGCUUCCUCAAGAAGAUUCAUUCGCAUUCGCAACAAGGAUCUCGUCGCAUACCGAUCAUCUCACCAAACGCCUCGUUUUGUCUGAAGUGGCUCAGAUAUUCGAUCCACUAGGCUUUGUAUCACCAGUCGUGAUCAAGGCGAAGAUGCUCUUGCAGGAGCUUUGGCUUCACAAGCUCCAAUGGGAUGAACCACUGCCAUCCCAGCUCUCAUCACGGUGGCUCAUCAUCAGAAAGGAACUCACCAGCUUGCGCAAGAUCUCAAUACCUCGGUGGUAUACCACAUGGAAUACAUCGACAGUGGAAUUUCACGGCUUUUCUGAUGCUUCUCAACUGGCAAUGGCUGCAGUCGUAUUUAUCACCGUCCACGGCUCAAAUGGUACCACGAUUUCAUUGGUGUGCUCCAAAACAAAGGUAGCACCGCUCAAGCGGCUCACCAUCCCGAGACUUGAACUCACCGCAGCACUGCUGCUCUCAAGACUCAUGCAAUACGUUCAAGCCACCUUGAAGUUGAACGUCACAGCAACUCACCUGUGGACGGACUCUGUUGUGACACUCACGUGGAUCAAAUCUCAUGCAUCGCGCUGGAAGGAUUUCGUGAGAAAUCGGGUCUCUCAAAUUCAAGAGCUCACUGCGAACGCACAUUGGAAAUACGUACCAGGUACGUCCAACCCAGCCGACUGCGCCUCACGAGGAUUAAGUACUGCUCAACUCCAAAGCCACUCAUUAUGGUGGACGGGACCACCGUGGAUACUCACCCCUGAAGCUUGGCCAUCACAACCCGCGCUGUCGGACGAGUUGAGCGCUCAUGAGGCUCGUCCUGGCAUUGCGCUACAUGCGGCCGCAUCUCAACCGGACUAUCACUGGGACCUGAUAUAUAGGUAUUCAACACUCAACAAGUUAUUGAAAAUAACAGCUCUUUGUUUCAGAUUCAUAUCGCUUCUGGGAAACCACCGUCGCAAGCCACUGGACUUGCACUCAGCUUUGGAAGAGGCCAGACUCUUCUGGAUUAAGGCUACUCAAGCGGCAUACUUCACGCACGAGAUCAAGAUGCUCACGGCCAACUCGAGACUACCAACUGCUCACGCAUUCAGCCGAUUGACUGCGUAUGUGGACGCUCAAGGGAUCAUCCGAGUUGGCGGCCGCCUCAAUCAAUCAGCACUAGCUCAAGACAGCAAACAUCAGGCGAUUUUGCCUCGCCACUCCCAGCUCUCAACCUUGAUCAUUUCACACGCUCAUCUGCGUACUCUGCAUGGAGGAACUCAGCUGACAUUGGCUCAUGUCAGGCAAAGCUACUGGAUCAUCGGCGGACGGGCUCCGGUGAAGUCGCAUAUUCUGCGGUGUGUCGUGUGUGCUCGGCAGAGGGGGAUCCGUGCUCAUCAACUGAUGGGCCAACUACCUCUCUCUCGGGUUACGCCGUCACGUCCGUUUACUCACACAGGAGUUGACUAUGCCGGACCGCUCACCAUCAAAACAUGGAAAGGACGAGGUGCAAAAACAUACAAAGGAUGGAUCUGUGUGUUCGUCUGUUUCUCCACCUCCGCAAUUCACCUCGAAGUAGUCAGUGACUACUCAUCAGAAGGAUUUAUCGCAGCCUUCCGAAGAUUUUCCGCGAGAAGGGGAAUUGCUCAGACCAUAUAUUCGGACUGCGGGACAACAUUCAUUGGAGCAGACGCCGCGCUUAAGAAAAUGUUCAUCCAGAGCUCACAAGAACAUCAACGGAUCGCUCACAUUCUACAACAGGAUUGCACCAGAUGGGAGUUCAACCCACCAGGCGCUCCACACAUGGGGGGCAAGUGGGAGGCGGUGGUGAAAUCGGUAAAGUUUCACCUGAGACGGACUAUCGGGGAGACUCUACUCACAACGGAAGAACUUACAACGUUGCUUACGCAGAUCGAGGCCAUUCUCAACUCGCGGCCGUUAGAACCGUUGAGUGACGACCCUGAAGACGUCUCAGCGCUCACACCAGGUCAUUUCCUCAUUGGAGGUCCACUCACUACCAUACCUGAGCCAUCUCUGAUUGACCUAGCAACCUCACGCCUAUCUCGAUGGCAGCUCAUCCAACAGCGGGUUCAACAUUUUUGGGCACAAUGGUCGGCUCAUUAUCUGCAACGCCAGCAGGCGAUAUCCAAGUGGCAUCAUCCUAACAACCAUAUCAAGGUGGGGUCCAUCGUGCUGCUCACCGACGAACGCUCUCCACCGUGCAAGUGGCCACUCGCCAGAGUAACGGCCUUGCACCCCGGCAAGGAUGGACUCACCAGGGUGGUUACCCUCAAGACGGCCACCACGACACUCACUCGGCCAAGUGCCAAGCUUGCGAUUCUACCCAUUUCAACUGAAUGA